AUGGCCAAAGGCAUGGAGCCCGAAUUCGAUAGUAUUAUUCAACACCUUACAGCUGUGUGCGAAACUAACGAGAUUCAUGAAAAUUUGGAGGCGCGCGUGACAAAAAAGGAAAUCCCCUUCCUCUGGGAUCAGGGUUGGGAGCUCGAGGAUAUCUGCUCGGUGCUCGGUGUUUCUCAGGCCAGCUGCUUUCGUUGGCGAAAGAUCUUUGAAGAACUCGGCACUGUU